AUGUACCGGGGAAACCAUGCUAGAAUUCUUUUCACUGUGACUCUGGUUUGUCAAACUGUUCAUUUAGGAAAAGGCCGUGAAGAUGUGAAAAGUCUCAAUGCCACAGCGCAAAAGUCGCAGCUCAAGAACGAAGGGACUAUUAUAAGUGCUCUCACUGACAUGAAUCAGAGUUAUGAAAGCAGAAAGCAACAGAAUUCCAGGGCAUUGGUACCUUUCACUGGGAUUACAGAGAGUAAAAAACUGAACAGACACUGCUGUCAAAACGGAGGGACCUGUAUCCUAGGGGCUUUCUGCGCCUGCCUAAAGCAUUUCACUGGCAGAUACUGUGAAUACGAUGAGCGGCAAAGCAACUGCGGCAGCAUUGCCCACGGUGCCUGGGUGCUGAAGGGCUGCUGGCUGUGUCGGUGCGGCUAUGGUACUCUGAACUGUCUCUCAGAAAUAAUGCAUGAUAACUGUGAACUGAAAUCAGGAAAGGAGGAAAUUACCAGAUUAUAUUCUAAUGGCCUAAGACUACAGCAAACAGUGCUUGCACUCCCUUGCCUGCUCCUCGUCCUCCUGGAGCUCUGCUACUGGCACUUGUGA